GAUUUCAAAAUCUAACUCGAAAUACCUGGUGAUAACACAGAAAUAACUACGGUCAAAGCCAGCAUCCACUGUCAGCGGCCUCACAGAGCAAACACUACGGUGUGAAGUAACAGUGAAAUUAAAACUAUGCCUUAUUUCCUCGGGUCCCCUGCUGGUCUCCGGACUCCUGGUCCCGGUCCCCUUGCAGCAGUUGUAUGACGAUGAGAGGGUGGGGGUUGGGGGGUGCGGGAGAAGGAGGGCACAACAACAAUCUCGUGCCCGCCCUCUCCUCCCAUUCUUCGCGGUUUUAUUGGUCCAUAUUGCACGCUCCUCUGGACCAAUCAACGAGGACAACGCGCGCCCCAUCCGGUGUGUGCAGUAAGUGAGCAGGCAGAGAGCAUCGCCAGCCCGGCAGUGUCUGCUCAGUGGCUGCUGCUAUGGUGCGUAGAGCAUCGAGGCGUUAGUGGUCAGAUUAACGUCCCACUUUCGACUUAGUAGAGUCGCGGUAGUAAACAAAAAAGGACUUACGCAUUGGAGAAUAUGAACAAAGUGGACGCACCAUGCCGACCCGCCGCCUCUCUCAAAUUCACUAUUGACAACAUCCUCAACCUCAAGACAAGCGGGAGGAACUAUGACAGCUGUCACCCCGCCGGACUGCAGGAUGACUCGGCUACGGCGAUACGUGACGACGGUUUCCAGAGCCACCACGAGGAGCACGUAGCCCAGCAGAGGCAGGACCCAGACAGCAGGCUUAACGAAAGUGGUAAGGAGUUGAUCUCAGCCUGCAACGGAGCAACGGAAUCAGUCAUCAUCAGCCGGGCAGACCCGAAGAAGGCGACGGAGGUGCGCUUCGAGAGCGGGGACAGCAGCUGCGACGACAGCAGCUCCACCACAAGGGCCACGGACCCCCACAAAGGAGGAAGCCCUGCCAAAAAGAGCAAAAUCAUAGCGAAAAAGAAGACGCGCACAAUUUUUUCCAAGAGACAGAUUUUCCAGUUGGAGUCUACCUUCGACAUGAAACGUUACCUGAGCAGCGCAGAGCGCGCCUGCCUCGCCAGUUCACUUCAGCUCACAGAGACCCAGGUGAAAAUAUGGUUUCAGAACCGCAGGAAUAAAUUGAAACGGCAAAUCUCGACCGAGAGCGACGGACCUGUUAACGAGUUCUCCGAGACUGGAAAGCCCGUGGUGGUGGGGCAGCUCCCGGCCUUGUACAAAGAGAGCAACCUGCUGGGGAGAUGCCUGCUGCCCAUGCCGCUGCCAGUCGUAUACCCGGGCAGCAGCACGCCUUACCUCUGCUUCUCAAACGCCAGCAAGUACUUCAGCCUGUAUGACGGGGACGUAUGAUGGCUCCAUUAACACCCCGCGUGAGAGAGACACUUUUUGGUGGUCUGUUGCCAACUUUGAAGCAUUUACGGUGUUGAGAUGGUGGGCCGGACCCGCGGCCUUACUAUUCUGCAAGUACAACUACAGAGGAGUAGUUACAUAUCACUUACAAUAAGCUGAUUCGGUAUUAUUUAUUUUUCUGUGGGUUUUGUAGGUCUGACACUAAACCUGCUAGAAUUACACACAGUCGUUUUUAGGAAAUCACGGGCUGAGCUAAUGAUAGCCUGAGGGAGGCCUAAAACAGAAUCAAUCCCUACAUGUUAUUGUUUACAUGUCGUCAUUAUUAUUAUUAUUAUUAUUAUCAUGAUUAUUAUUAUUAUCAUGAUUAUUAUCAACAACAGGAUUCCAGCAGCUUAAGCCACCAAAGAAACUACAAUAGCCUAGCAACAGUAUUUGCAUGCAUUUUCUGUAUCAUAAUGAAUUUUGAAUUACUGAAAUUACCUAUGUAUUUAAAUGAAUGUAAUUAACAUUUUAUUCUAUGUUUCACGCAUGUCUAUUUUUUCUGAGCAUCCUAUUCUUACUUUAUUCCACGUUUGCGUAUAGGCUCAUUACACCAUUUAUUGAAACUGUAAUUAAAACAUCUUCA